CUGGGCGCCCGGCGCCGCGAACUGGCGGUGCUGGAGCGGGACACCGCUCCCCUGGAACGCAUCCGCACGCCGUUUCCGCGGGUGUCGUACGACGAGGCGGUCGAGAUCCUCAGGCAGCGCGGCCUGCCGUUCGUACGGGGCGGUGACUUCGGCAGCCCGGACGAGACGGCGCUCGCCGAGCAUUUCGACCAGCCGGUCAUCGUCCACCGCUUUCCGGCGGCCUCGAAGGCGUUCUACAUGAAGGCCGAUCCGGAGCGACCGGAGGCAUCGCUUUCCGUCGACGUGCUGGCGCCGGAGGGCUACGGCGAGAUCAUCGGCGGCGGGCAGCGCGAGGACGACUACGACGUGCUGUGCGAGCGCGUGCGGGCGCACGAUCUAUCCCAGGACACCUUCUCCUGGUACCUCGAUCUCCGGCGCUACGGCAGCGUCCCGCACGGCGGCUUCGGCAUGGGCGUCGAACGGGUCGUCGCCUGGAUGUGCGGGUUGGCACACGUCCGCGAGGCUAUCCCGUACCCCCGCAUGCUGCACCGGCUGACCCCCUGA